AUGAAUAUAGAUCAACAUCAUCAGCUUCAACAGCAACAUCAACAACAAAUGUUACAACAACAAGCUCAGGCUCAGGCUCAGGCUCAAGCUCAAGCACAACAACAACAACAACAACAACAACAGGCAGCAGCCGCAGCCGCAGCAGCUAACGCUGCAGCUACUACUUCUUCUUCCCCUCGUCAAGUUUCAUUCAACGUAUCUGAUCAUUAUCAAAUAUUAGAAAUUGUUGGAGAAGGAGCAUAUGGAAUAGUUUGUUCAGCCAUUCAUAAACCAUCACAACAAAAAGUUGCCAUUAAAAAAAUUGAACCAUUUGAAAGAAGUAUGUUAUGUUUACGUACAUUACGAGAAUUAAAAUUAUUAAAACAUUUUAAUCAUGAAAAUAUCAUUAGUAUAUUAGCUAUACAACGACCAAUUAAUUAUGAAUCAUUUAAUGAAAUUUAUUUAAUUCAAGAAUUGAUGGAAACUGAUUUACAUCGAGUCAUUAGAACUCAAAAUUUAUCUGAUGAUCAUAUACAAUAUUUCAUUUAUCAAACUUUAAGAGCUUUAAAAGCUAUGCAUUCAGCUAAUGUAUUGCAUCGAGAUUUAAAACCACUGAAUUUAUUAUUAAAUUCAAAUUGUGAUUUAAAAAUUUGUGAUUUUGGUUUAGCAAGAUCAAUUGCUUCACAAGAAGAUAAUUAUGGAUUCAUGACAGAAUACGUAGCUACAAGAUGGUAUAGAGCUCCAGAAAUCAUGUUAACUUUUCAAGAAUAUACUACUGCUAUUGAUGUUUGGUCAGUUGGUUGUAUAUUGGCAGAAAUGUUGAGUGGUAGACCUUUAUUCCCUGGUAGAGAUUAUCAUAAUCAAUUAUGGUUAAUUAUGGAAGUUUUAGGAACACCAAAUAUGGAAGAUUAUUAUAAUAUUAAAUCUAAACGAGCAAGAGAAUAUAUUAGAAGUUUACCCUUUUGUAAAAAAAUUCCGUUCAGUGAAUUAUUUGCCAAUACCAACAACAAUACUAGUACUAGUACUAGUAAUACUGGCGGUAGGACAAAUAUUAAUCCAUUGGCAUUAGAUUUAUUAGAAAAAUUAUUAAUUUUUAAUCCUGCUAAAAGAAUUACUGUUGAAGAUGCUUUAAAACAUCCUUAUUUACAAUUAUAUCAUGAUCCUAAUGAUGAACCAAUUAGUGAUAAAAUCCCAGAAGAUUUUUUCGAUUUUGAUAAAAUGAAAGAUCAAUUAACAAUUGAAGAUUUGAAAAAAUUGUUAUAUGAAGAGAUUAUGAAACCAUUAUAA